GCUGUUACUCCGGCGGCGGGCGGGCCCCUUUGUGACGUCACAAUCAGCUGUUUGAACGUUCUAAUUUCUGAGCUGAGCUCAGCUGGGGGAGCAGCAAUAACAGGAAAAUAAGAAUAGCAGCUCUGCAGGCCGGGGAGGGUCCGGACCCAGCAGCUGUCACCGCCCGCCCUGGCAAUGGUGUAUCUCUUCUGAGAAGAGCAGAGACCCCAGCAGCACCGCCGCCUCCCUCAUCCUUUUCUUGUCUCUUGGAUUUUUCGUUGACCCGGUCGCUUGUUGAUUUCAAUUAAAACUACCUCACAGACUCUGCCUAAAGCCGGUGCUUUCAGAUACUUAAUCUUGUGGGUUUUCCUGUGGUCUUGUUGUUUACAAAACAACCGAUGACAUUAAAGGCAAGGCCUUUGCACUGAAGCCAAGUGAAGAACCUCAUGAUUGCACUAUAUAUAACUCAACUCAGCUAAGAUUUCACUAGGAAGGAAGUGAUUCCUGCCCAUCGGAAGGAUUUGUCCACCAAUACAAGACUCCUGAGCUUCACCGUCCUAGCCAACACCCGCCUGCAACUUCCACCUUUGUGUUCUGAGGCCAACACACAACGCCAGCUUUCAUCUUUCUUCCCAUCAAAACUUGCUUUGGAAAUCAUUCCCCAGCCAUGUUCCAACGUCUCACCAGCCUCUUCUUCAGUGACAGCAGCACACCUGAGGGCCUUGAGGAACCAAAACUCUUUGUCUCUGAGGAGGAGGAAGAGGAUGGGUGGCUCAUUAUUGACCUUCCAGAUAGUUACGCUUCAGCCUCAGGUGAAGAACAGCGGGUAGGUGAGAGGGAUUCCGUUUGCACUUCCCGUUCCCGUCAUGGGUCUCCCCCACCUACCACUUCUUCGCCCCACUCACUCAGUGACUGUGUCGGCAGGCCCGUGCCCUCCCAGCCCGAUCCCUGCUUGAUGGACGAGAGUUGGUUUGUCACCCCUCCCCCCUGUUUUACUGCAGAAGGCCCUGCCCCUGUCAACAUGGAGAGCAACCCUAUGGAGGACCUUCUGAUUGAACACCCCAGCAUGUCCGUCUAUGUCACCAGCAACAGCAUCGUGGUGGAAAGGGAGAGCCCUGAUGAGCAGAUCAGUGAAGGGGAGGUGCCUGAACCCCGGUUGGAGCGCCACACCCCACAUCAUACCACCUCCCUCACCAUGAAAGCCACCAUCUUGGAGAAGGUGAGCCAGGUCCGGCGGAUCCAGAGGGCAAAGCAACUGGCGGAGAAGCACAAGCUCAGUCAGAAGGUUAUGCAGCGGCAGAACCGCACCAGGGAGCGCCAUUCACGUUGGGCCAAACACCAGGGUAGUUUUGUCUACCAACCAUGCCAGCGCCAGUACAACUACUAAACUACUUCAGGAAGUCUACAUUGCGGGGCAUUAUCCCUUAACUCUCAGCUUCACUUCUUCCCUCAUAAUGCUUUCUCCAGCUGAGGAGGUCUUCAUCCUUUCUCUGAAAUAAACCUCUCCUCAGGAGAGAAUCCUCUCAAUUCUUCUGAACUAGCAAAGCUCAGCAGCAGAUCCUUGCUGGGCUAUCCUUGGGUUUCAUCCCCCUCCUUCCCCUUUAUCCUAGACUAAAUUUACUUAUCUAUUAUUUUCUUCCUUCUGUAGUUCCACACCUUUCCCUCCCCCCUGCUCCCCACUGUGGAUUUUGAGUAACCCAGGAUGUCACCCUAAUGUAACUUAAUGGGAUGGUGGAUCUACUUUUAAAUUUCAAAACAGAAUUUAAAAUUAGAGCUAAAUUUUAUGGAAUAACCUAUAUGUAAGCAGUUAUCCUUGGAAACUGAUUCCUGAUGGGUGGUGUUUCCCCAAUCCUUCACACCCUAUACAUGCAUAAGUUCUUCCAUCUGUUCUUGCAAUGGUUGUUAGCUCCACAUUUCACUAAACUUAACACCAAUAUUAUUCUGAAUUCAUGGGAGGGCUAAUUAUCUGUCAUUUACUUUGUUUUUUGCCAUCCUACUAAGGAGCCUGUGACACCAGUGCCUUUCUUUAUGACAUCAUACUCUUCUCCAUGGAAACAAACUGUGAUGUCACAAACUGAGAUAGCAGGUUCAAAUGCAAAUUGGAACGACAAAGAUAUGCAAUUUGGCCUAAGAUACAGGAAAAGUAAUGGAAAAUAUUUCCCUCUUCACUCUCUCUUUCUCUCUAAAAAAAAGGAUGAUGUAAUUAACCCAGUAGAUGGGUUUGGGGUAUGAUUACUGAUCCUUAUCUGUAUGGUAUUAUUAGCUAAAUUUCUGUUCCAAGGUGCCAGGCUGAAACAGAGGACACCCUGCCUGAACAUCUUCAGAGGGAAUAUUUAACGCCUGAUGUUCAGAAGUGUUGAAUACCCUUAAUUCCAACUAAAACUCAUAGGAGCUGCGGGCAUUCAGCCCUUCUGGAAAUCAAGCCAAUGUGAUAUAAUUGGAGCUGUGAAUCCUGCAUUUACUUUUUUUUAAAAGAGUGCAAAGUCCAUGUUAGUGUUCUGGUGCUUUCUAUUUACUUUACCUUUUCUUACAAUAUAUUUGUUCCACCCACUCCAAAGAGCUUGCUUAAUGGACAAAUGUCAAAACUCUAAGCAGAUUACCAGUGUUAAACCUGGUUAGGAGCUCAGGAGCUUGUAGAAGGACACAAAAAAACCCCAGCCUUGCAAUACCACCAGGAAAAUUCUUCACUAGCUUAGGCAACAAACAAUCUCCUUAUUCCCCCUCCCCCCCUGCCCCCCCCAAAAGAAAACCUCAAAACAAAACAAAAAACUCCCAAAUGUCUUGCUUGCAAUGUUUCAUGAUGAUGGUUUACAAACAAAUCAUCCUGCAGAAGAGGAAAACAUCACCACAGGCAGCAGGCUGAUUGGAAAUCUGUGUGGUAGAUUAUCCAAGUGACUGCAAGCAGAACAGAAGUUUUAAAUUGGAGAAAGAGAUUCCCUCCCUGCUUUAAAACUGAUUACUAUUUCCUUAAGCUGUCUCUACCAUUGAAUUCCUGGUGAAAGGUACUCUCUUUUCUUCAUUGAUUUGGGUGACCUCAAGAGGCCAAUAAUCUGGAAAUGUCUAAAUAAUAGAUCUUGGUAGUGUCCUAAAAAUGAAACCUUUGGAAACAAAACCAACAACUGGAACUGUGUAAGUCCCAUUGCCCAGGGAACCAGGGGGAUAGUGAGAGGGGCCAAUCAUCACCAUGUAACUGUCUCACCACAAGGAAAGCCUCCAGGGAGUAGAGCAGGAGGAGAAAUUGGUAACUGUUCUAUGAGCAGGUAGGGGUCUCAAUCCCAACAUCCUACUCCCAGACAUCCACAGGGCAGCAGAAAGGCAGCACAGGACUCAUUAUGCUGAGCAAGGGUAUGUAAAUCAUGCUGUCAUCUCCCUUUGCAUCUUUCCUCUCCUCUCUAAUGGCUCCUCUGUGGCUUAUUCAUCCUUCAGGCAGAAGGUGUCUCUGUCUUCUUCAAUGUUUAGCCCAUGCUGCACCUGUAAGGGCCAGAGGGACUCACUGCAAAGACAUGAGGCACCAGAUAAUACAAGGGAUAUUGGCAUUGUCUUUGUAGUAUUGCCAGCCUGCCAUUCAAUGCAAACACCUUUUUGGAUGGUGAAAGUCCUUCAACAAGCUCCUAAAUUAAGCAGUAAAACAUUACUGGUUACCAAAACCCUUAGUUCUCAGCGGGAAAAUUCUUCUUCACAAUGCUAUGACUCUGCCUGUCCAGCUGCCAUGUUAAAUUUGUGGAAUGACAGCAGAGAAAGGGGCUUGUUCAGUGCUCACACAGAUAGUAAAGUAUGUCGAAGCUGGUCAUGAAAUGAUGUGAAGUGAGAGAGGAAGUGAGAGAGAUUGGGAAAUGAAGAAAGGUGAAAAGAGAGAGUCUUAUUUAAGGAAAUAGGUUGGAAACAGGAGUGGUGGAGAAGGUGCAAGCCCAGGGGCAAGAACUGUGUGUUGUAGAUCUUAAGUCUGCCUUCCUGGAAAGAGAUAUGGCAGGUCCUCUCUUCUAGUGUCAUAGGCAGGGCUGACUUUCUGCAUUCUGAUAGUUUCUAGGUUGCUGUAGGAAAUACUGCUCCAAGUGUUCAAAUGGGCAGAAGUUCAUUUGUACAGUCAGAAUAAUAACAUAUACCGUUUUUAUCUCAGUACUCUCUAAUAUGAAUAGCUCAGUUCAUCCCCAGUGUAACUUGGUUUUAAUACAGAUACACCAAAUAUGAGCUUAGCCCUGAGUAUUUUUAUCCUUGAAAAGCCACUGUCAAGAUAAAAAAAAAUCAUACACUAAUAAUACACAAGCUAAGUAAAACUGUAAAUAUUUACUGAAUUACUUUUCUCCUUUCAAGAUCAUGAUUUCCCAGAUUUUUCACUUCACUCACUCCUCUGGUGAGUCAUUUCCACACACAUUUGUACACUGCUUUUGUACAGUGUAGUUUCCAUCAUGCAAGGCAAGAGCAAAAUCCCCAAAUGAACUGCUUUCUUUGGAAUUUCUUUGAUAAAAUGUUAUUAAGAACCCUUCAUUUCAUAUUAGGUUUGUGGAAUUUUUUUAAAAAUAAUAUUAAAUAUUGGGCUGAUGCUAUCUUAGUGUCUGUUUAAAACUUUUAAUAAUUGAGCUCCUAAGCAUUUUAAUAAACAAACUUAGAAUGACCAGCUUCCAGGAGCCAUGAUGGACAAAUCUGGAAGCAUGGAGGUGUGCUAAUAUCACCUUGCUUGUAGCCUCUAGAUAUAAUGUAGGUGACAUGGGAUCCUGCUAUUAUGCAGGAUCAAAUAUUUUAUUUUAAAUAGUUUUUAAAGUUUCAAUUUUAAUUUAAUUUUUUAAUUAUAAAUAGUUGUUGAAUUUUAGCACACUAUACUAUAGAUUUGAACCAGCCUUGAACUCUCCAACCAUCCUAAUUCAGGGCCUUUCAAAGUUUUGUGUGUAUCUGUACUAAGAUUGGGUGCUCAACUGUCACCACUGAGCAGAAGGCUCUUCUGGGACAUGGAAAUAAGUUUGAACCUGCUUUGAUUGAAAGAAUAGAGCUGGGCAAAGGUUAACAACCAGCAAUACAACCCUGUGGUAGUGGAAAGGAAGCAUCAAGCAGCUAUUUCUGAUUAAAUCCUUAGUAAAUAAAGUAACUAAAGAUGGAUCUCAACCAAUAAUCCAAAUCUGAGCUUCAAAACAAACACACCUUUCAAGAAGUUCCAGUUGAGAUCCACAUUCUGUAGCCUGGACCCAUUUUAAAUGAUCUAUGCUUUCAUUAGUUAAGGGGAAAAUUCCCAUAGACACAGGAUCAGCUAUUUAAUCCUCUUUAUUUUUACACCCUUGUCAGUGGAGUCAUCAGUGUGUGUUUUCACAGAUCUCUUGGCAAGGUAGUUUAAGUGCAGUUAGAGAGAAAGAGAGAGAGCUUAAACUUCCAGUAUUCCUUCCCAUUGUCAUCACAGUAACCCCAUGACCUAUUGACACAUUCUUGGUGUUGUCUCCAGGAGCUGAAGCAGGGAAAGGAGUGAUGGAUGAUCAGUUCCUUACUGCUGAAGCUAACACCAAGAUAGUGUAGAGUCAAGACAAAUGGGUUUUUUUGUGGUUGAUUCUCUACCAGGGACUGGCAACUUCUUGACUUCCUAGAAAGUUUACAUCCUUUCACUUCCUUGGUUUCACAUUAAAUGCCUUUUUCUUAAGAGUUACCCCUGGCACAAAUGGGAAGGGUGUGUUAGUUCAUGAAAAUUGUCUGAAGUGCUUGCAAGGACAGUAAGGGGAUAUGUCCCAAGCACUCACAGGUCUGCAUCAGAUUUCAGAGGUUUUUAAGACACAAUGUAGAUUUGGGGUUAUCAUUUUGGAGAUUGAGUCUUUGGUCAAUGUGUUCGGCAGCACUUAGGCUGUUUCAGGACUUAGCAGAAGACUUCCUUGCUGGAAUAGACGUACCUGAAGAUCAGUAAUUUGCUGCCUCCCAGCCCAGCUUUUGCCUGCUGCACUUGCGAAGUAGACACCUCCCCCAAUUCUGACAAGCACAAAUCUAACAUGACAUCUUACUUGCCAGGUUCCCAAACCUUUGAACUCUGGCAAAAUUUGCAGUUGCAUGUUAUAUUGUGAGUUUUCCUCUGCAGCUCAAACAGAAGAAAACUGGCUGGGAGGCAGCAAAGUUGCCUAAGAAAUGCAAAGAGCUUUCUGUGAAUGUCAUUCAUAUUGCACUACUUAAUGAAUCUUGUGUCUGCUAAUUUGUUGGAAAACCUUUCAGUAAGAGAAGUCCCUCUUCAAAAUCAUCCUAUGCUUCCCCUGCUACCCUCUCUGGUUUGGGACAGAGAGAAGCAGAAACAACUCCAUUAGGGCCUAAACCAGCAGCGACCAAUGUUAAUAGCAAAAUCAUCUUGACCUCAGCACUGUAGGAUGAGGUUCUAGAGCACCAUUAGCACAGUGGCACUGGGUGCAAUACCCAGACUGUGAGCAUUAUGCUAACAUUUGUUGUUUGCUUGAGUAUCUAAAGUUGUUACUUAAGUCCUGCUUUUAAGAAAGAGAAUUCAAAUCAUCUGUUUUUCUCUCUUUGUUCUGUAUUACUCUUUUAUCACAUCAGCCCUGGCCAACAUGGCAAACCAAGCAAAAGCACUGUCAUGCUUUGUAGCAAAUAUAAGGGGUUAAUAAAUUAUUAAUAUGGUUUUAAGUAGAAGGUCAAGCCAUUGUUUUGAGAAUUCAAUGGCUCACUCAAAUCAAAGGCUCUUUGAGCCUCAGAGCCCCUUUGGCUGGCAGGGUAACGGCACAUCACUUUCUGCAGGCCAACAGCACACAAGGAAGCAAUAGGCCAAAAUGACCAGGUGCCCUGUUGCAGCUGGGUGAGGAGCCAGAACAAUGUAGAUGUUAGGGCAUCCCUAACUACUGAACCAGCACACCUGUUCAAGCAGGUCAAAAGGUCACUAUUACAAGGGCUUAUACCCUUCUAUAUCAUAUAGGGACUCUCUGAAUAAAUGGUUAUUUGAACAAAGGGAACUAGACACAACAGCCUGGGAAGCUCCUCCAAGUCCUGUGUUCCUGUUAUUUGUGCCUGUAACAUACGCGUAAAAACUAUUAAUCACUUAUUAACCCUUUUUGAAGAAUUAGAAAGUGUGAGUGAAACCUCAUAAACCAGGGGGAAAAUAUGUUCACACUGCUCUUACAGGUGACCUGCAAUAUUCUUAUCAUGGGAGAAGAGUGAUCACUAGAAACACUGGCCUGUUACAAAAUUUCCUGUCUUGGUACUUUCAGGAUCAAGCAAAAGCCUCCACCCUGGGGUUACAUAACUCUCCUUUCAUCUUAAAACAAAUGAACGGUGCUUAAAACAGACUUGUGUGCGUGCGUUCGUGUAAAUAUUUUACAACGCUGAGUGGAUGUGUGGAGCUGUUUUUACAUUCAGUAUUUUCAAUUGUGGUUUACAGCGUGAUGCUCCCAACAAAAUGUUCAAACCCACAAAGCAACUUCUGUCUGCGAGAAGGCCGUGUUCGUGUCCUGCACUGCAAGACGGCCAUGCUCCUAUCCUGCACACUGGCUAGGUGGAGUUCUCAAUUUUUUUUUUAUGCGUAUAGGGGAAAUUACAGCAUGGACUCAGGGACAAACAAGUGUGUUGGGAUUGUGAAAAGUGUGUAGUUUGGAACCGUUUGAUUCUGAUGCGUUUUCUUUUGUGAGGUUGUUGAGUACUAAUCUGCAUGUCCUGAAAGACUGUUAAACUUGGCAGAAUUCCUUUUAGUUUUCUUUGCACGAUCUGAGCAAAAGGCUCUGCUAGCAGCUGCUGCCUUUUUGGAAAAGGAACGGGUUUGGAUUGGUAUUAGCAUGACUGUAUCAGAGGCUGAGAGUUAGCAGCAGCCAUGUUCUAAGUGUCCACCGAGUAGCAGUCCUGCUUCAUUCACGUGGGCCCCAUGAUUCACAUGGAAAUCACUGAAGUGUAACUUUCUCCUCUUGUAGGACUGAGUUAGUGUAAAUUGCUACCCAUGUAUUUUAAGCAAUAUGUUUGACAGUGCAUCAAAGCCCCUGGGGGUUUUGAGGGGGUAGCCAAGGGCUCAGAGCUGUGGUUCUGAGUCAGGCCCCCUCCACAACUUCUCUGAAUGUGGCACCACUCCCAGUUGAAAACAAUCAAUGUGCUCAACUGACCUCAGUCGUUCCUAAUCAGGUGCUGCUGCCUCCAGGUAAAGCUGCCCUGCGCACCUCCUGUAAAGCCAGACUAGGGCUGUGGCACAUGUGCACACUCCUCCUGCAGUAAGGUUGUCUGAUCAGGCAGGAGAGCUGGUUCAUACUCCAGGCCUCCCCACUGACCCUGCAUGGUGUCUCCUGGAAACAAGCACACAGGACAGGGGCAACUGUCCUGCAUGCCUGUUUCCAGGAGCAAUGUUCUGGAUUGAGAGCAUGACCAGAAACAGCUGAAGACUUGAGGCAACUCUCCUGCCUGCUUUAGGCUGACAGGGAGCACGUGGGGCAGUUUUACCUAGCCAUAGCAGUAGUAGUACUUGUGUCACAGCACCCCUAGGAAAGAAGGGGUUUCUCAAAACACCCCAGUUGAGAACCACAGGCUCAGAGAUGGGUCUCAGAAUACACCCAUGUUUCGCAGUGACCACAGCUGAACCUAGCUUUUGCUUUCUUCUUGAGUCAAUGGAAGCAGGGUAGGGUGUGACUGGUGCAAAAUGACUUGGAAUUAGCCAGGUGGGAUGAAAAAUGGGAACUGUAGGGGAGGAGGCACUACAGAUGUUGUUUGUUCUGGAAGGAAUAUUAUUACUUUUGUUUUUUUCAGUUUUGUAAAAAUUGCAUGGUGGAAAAGAAGGGCAGCCCUUUACUGAAAAAAAUAAGCAUUUUUGGCUCAGAUUUUCUUAUCUGGACAGGGCUGCAGACACCACAGGCACCAACAUUAGAUAAAAUGAUUUCCUAAAAGGUCACAGGAGACAAGGCAGGCUGGGGAGGGCAAGAGUUAUGGAGUGGCCCACUAUUACUCCUCUGACCAUGUAGCAUUUAAGUGGAAACAGUAACGCCCCUCUCCCCAACUCCAUGUUUUCUGCUAAGUUCCCCUUCAUGGGAUCUGGAGUCAGAAGCAAUGUGGGAGUGCAGGGUCUGUGAAUGAAUGAUCCUGGCUUCUCAGCAUCCCUCCUCUCCCCGCUACCCAACUCUGACUGGCAUGGGAUUGGAGGUAAAUCCUUCCAUCUUUAGUGAUUUGGGGAAUCUUUUCAAGGGGAUCCUCAAGGAGAAUGCCAUCCCAUCUCCUACCCUUCUCCAAACACAGUGCUUUUAUUGCAUGUGGGGACAGUCUGCUCCUAUUACAAGGCAAUGCAGUGUUGCUUUCAGGCCUGCGCCUUAGCCCCCUGACGUAAGUUUUCUUCAGUAGGGGCAGAAUCAGCCAUUCAGCAUCCAAUACAAAACUAGAGGCAAUACCAUCCUUUUAUUUUAAAACACAUGUUGGGGCCUACUUGUAAGUAUGUAUUCCACCACACAGUGUGUAACACACUUUCUGAUGCAGCUUAGUGAGUUGAUCUUGCUCCAUGUGGUGAAUUCAAAAAAAGGUCAGGGACAUUUCAGUCACUGAGCUCUAGACUACAGCUAUGGCACCAUGUUAAUAUGCAUUAGAUACAACAGGAUCUCUAUACUGCAUUUUGGCCAGGUUCCUCUUGCAUUUAAAGGGUGAUGAGAACUGUUCACUGGGAGAGGAUGCGAGUGCUAUGGAAGGCAUCCCCUUUAGCAAAAAUACCCUGGAAAUCCCACAUUUUGAAACCAGUACAAAUUAAUAUCUCCUUCCAGAAGCAUCUAGCUUUUUGUAAACGCCCAGUCUGAGGAAAGAAAAUGUUUAUGGUAGCUGCCAUAUAUAUAUAGUUCAUCCCAAAGACCAUUAUUUUAGGACCAUAGGUAUUUCUCUUUGUACAUUUUAAAUCAAUAUAUAGUUGUCUUUUAGUACCAAUGAUUUUUUCUCUUUCACUCACCCCAAGGGGGAGAAAAAUCUAUUCACCUAUUCUGUGAAGCCAUGCACCAUACAAAUCUCCUCUGAGAUUUAAAAGAAAAAAAAAUUUGCAAAGGGUCUUAUGAUAAUUCCCUGUCCAAAACUCUUGCAAGUAAUGGAGAAGAUCGGUGCUUUUCAGUUAUUGAAGUCACUUAAAAAGAUAUUACAGCUAUCUGUAUUAUUCAAAAUGAAAUCUGGCUACUAUAGAAUGUAGCUAAAAAACAGGAUCUGUGCCAGAGAAUGAUUCUUAACAUUUGCAUAAGCACCACACUACAACAGAAAAAAAGGUCCGGGACCUCUCUUCUUCCUACCCUGGAAUUGAAAUGCAGCUUGUUUGCUCCUGGUUUGUAACAGAAGACACCAUGUGUGUCCGGGUAGUGCACCCAUUCCCAGUUCGGAAUGCAAGCUUGCUUUUUGGCAUCGAACAGUAAUGGAAAAUAGUAUUAUAUCACUACUACCAACUGAUGAUUCAUCCCCAUCUUCUAUUCAGCCUCUCAUCUUAUCUUUAAAUGUUUGUAAUCAGUAGAUUAAUAAUUAUUAGCUGUGUAGGUAUUGGGGUCAUUACAGUGCUUCUACAUCCAAGGAACAAACAAACAAACAAAAACAUGUCUUUAGGGACAGUAUAAACCCAGUUCUCCUUUCUCACGAUUUUUAAUUCCAGUGACCUCACUGGAGUUACUCCAGCCAAUUUGAUCCCAAAAUAAGAGCAAGAUAAGGCACACCAUAAUAUUUACUUGAGGUUCAGGUGCAUCACUGGUCCCUGUAGAAGACAGAUUAUUAUACAAAAAACAAUGUGUCAAACAAGGCUUCAUUUCAUGUCAGCCUUGACCAAUUGGAAGAGAAGUUAUACCAAUUCCAUUCUGUGUUUAGAACUGGUUCUGGAGCCACAGGGAAGAGGCAGACAAGGGCAAAUUGGGUACAUUCCCCUCCGUCCAUUCCUUUGGACUUGUUCUUUAGGAUUUUUUGAGCUGCCAAAGGUGCAGUCACUUGAAUAUUUUUAGUGACCCAUAAUCCAGGCUCUUAUUCUGCUGAAGUGAAAGGAAUUUUAGUAACAGGCAUAAGAUAGAGAAGAUUAAAAAAUUGGUGGGAAAGGCUUUGGUGUCACUGUUAUAUCACUUGUGUUUUCCUGUGUGUGAGAAUUGUGAACUUGCCCAAUUUAAGAGGAUAUUGCCUCUUCCUUUUGCUCUGCCAAGAGAAGGCAGCCUGGAACUUGGAGCACGCAGCAUCUGACUGCUCCUUGAGCUUAUAACAAAGGGUUAUUGCAAUCUUGACUAUCAAAAAUAAGGGUCAGAGGCCUAACGUUGCCUCUGAGUUUGUGCCCUGGCCUGCGGCAGAAGCAAAAACUUUUUUGAAAGAGUUGGUUCAUGGAAUUAAUAAUAACGCGUUUUCCUUAAAAAGAUAACUGUGAAAGAAUAAGCAGUUCCAUUUGAUACCCAAGAUGAUUCUUAGUAUGCCAUGUACCCCCUUUACAUAGUAAACAAGUACAGUUUCAAGUUCUUACCAUCUUUAACCCACUGUUUAUAAGGAGAAACAGGAUGCCAGUUAUCGAUCACUUGAUGAAACAUUAAGGCUGUACACCAAUCUAAACCACUUGGUCAAAACCAGUAUCCCCAAUAGUAGGCCUGGUUUGGUAGACACUUAGGACAUGUUAAUUUCACUGAUACAAUUCAGCAGAUGUUGCCUCUCUCCUUGUGUCUACAACUAGCAACCCUUCUUUCAGUAGGCAUCGGCUUUGAAUUACUGUUAUAACAACUGCUAUUGCCACUGCUCAGUCUUCCAUCGUGGCAAGUCAUCAGAGACUGAAUGAAAUCCUGGCUCCUUUGAAGCCAAUGGCAACACUCCCCCUGAUUUCAACUGAGCAGUAUUUCACUUUCCACCUACAUGGGGUGAGAUAUCUCACUCUUUGUAAGUGGAGGAAACCCCUCCUCCCCCACAAUAUGUAAAUUGAAAACUGGUCAUAGGAGAGAAGAAACCUAAAGCAUCUUUGACUUUCCACGUUAACCUUGCCUACAAACUGAGGUGUAAAGCUGACAAACUAUUUUAAACAUAAUUCUUACUGUGAACAACUUUUGUUCUCAGUUUUGUUAUUUAAAAAUAGCUUUUGCAGCUCUGGAGAUUAGGGAACAGUUCAUACUGUAAUAGCAACAUUGUAAUGUCUUUUCUACUGUAUCAUAACUAUAAUGUAGCAUUUGAGUGUUGCAAUAUUUUAUUUGUAUAUAUCAAUCCCCACAACUAGGUAUUCCACUUGUUAUACUCAUCUAUAUGCAUUAUACCUCCUCAUACUGUAUUGAUUGUGUAUGUGCCUUUCACCAUUUUGCAUGGUUUAGUAUCUUUUUAAAACAGCUGCAGAACUUGAAAAAAUUAGGGAACUAGAGUUAAAGUCCUAUGCAAAAGAGAACUGGGAAUUUAAUUUAAAAAUCCUGUUCUGGAAAAAAAAAUCUAGUGCUGGGAUUUUCAGAGGAGCCAGACAGAAUUAGGCCCCCACAUCCCAAUAUUUUGUAUCUACAAGAUUUAGGUAUCCUUUGAAAACCCCAGCUUAAAAUCUGAUUUCUCACCACUUUGUGAGCAAAAACAUCAUAGUAAGAAGACAUAAUUACCACCAGCACUUUGCCAAAAUAGACUGUGUGUUGAAUAUCCAUUUUUUUCUUUCAAAGGUUUGUCUAAAGAAAAAGUGCUAUUUGGUUUGAAAGGGUUGCCUUAAAAACCUUUAAAAAAUGAGUUUGAGAACUAUUUUCUGGUUUGCUCACCUCUUUCCCCUUUCCUUCACACCACCACUCUGAAGAAUAGCAAAUGGCAUGUUUGUGUGUAGUUGGCUUGUUUAGACUACAAAUAUUCUAGGAACAAUAAACCCCAAAAGAUCAAGCAGAUACUAGGAAUUUAUCAGCUCUGUUCUGUCAAGGAGUUGAUUUACAUGUCAGAAUCUAUUGUAUGCCUUACAAUAGCAGAACAGCUUUUAAAAUAGGGGUUUUGAGUAGACAAGAGCCCCACAUUUUCUACAUCACUUAUACUGUAGAACUGAAACCUAGUUCAAAACAAAGCUAACAAAAAAAUCCUUGUUGUGUGUUACAUGUUAAAGCAAUGUAAGUAAGCCUAGUAGAAAGAAGGAGUCUAUUUCUUGUAGGACAUUGUUUAAACAUUUACAAUGUGUUCAUGGACUGAAGGAUAUGACUGCCUGGAACAUGUUACGUGGUGUGCCUGUGUGUAUGUAAUAUGGUUUUGGUUGUUAGAUUGUAAUGCUGUCCUUUGACUGAAAAAAAAUCUAAUAUAAAAAGGAAAGAACACAGAAAUAAAAAUAUAUUUAAAGCCUA